GUAGAGGGGGAGGAGCAACUCCAUUUAGUGUGCACAGAGCAGAAGGAGGAAAGUGAAGGCUGAGGCACGACUGGCUGAAGUCCAGAAGAUGAGUGUUUGUGUGGAGGAAGAGGAGGACAGAGCAGAGUCUCCAGGAUCCAGCUGUCUGUCUAUGAAGAGUGACUGCUCCAAAGACAAACCUCCAGACUUCAGUAAUGAACCUGGACCCUCAGACACAAAAGGUCAGAGACUCAGACUGAGAGCAGAGUUUCCAGGAUCCAGCAGUCUGUCUAUGAAGAGUGACCGGUCCAUGGGAUCCAGACCAGGACCUGGACUGCAGACAGCCAGUCAGACCAGCACUGUACAAACAGAUAGUGGUCUGCAGGAGGUUUUAGAUGAACAUCAGAUCAGCCUGAGGAGGAGAUGUGAACGUGUGACUGAAGGAACUGAUGGAACAGAAAGUAGAACCCUCCUCAACAGGAUCUACACUGAGCUCUACAUCACAGAGGGACAGAGUGAAGAGGUUAAUACCCAACAUGAGGUGAUGCAGCUGGAGACAGCUUCCAAGAAGAAGACCCUCCAUGACACUCCAAUCAGGUGCCAGGACAUCUUUAAAGCCUUACCUGACCAACAGAGACACAUCAGAGUGGUUCUGACCAACGGCGUCGCUGGUGUUGGAAAAACCUUCUCAGUGCAGAAGUUCACUCUGGACUGGGCAGAGGGCUUGGAAAACCAAGAUGUCAGUCUGCUGGUUCUGCUUUCGUUCAGGGAGCUGAACCUGAUCAGAGAUGAGCAGUACAGUCUUCUCACGCUGCUCCAUGUUUUCCAUCCAACAUUACAGAAGGUCACAGCAGAGAAGCUGGCUGUCUGUAAAGUUCUGUUCAUCUUUGACGGCCUGGAUGAAAGCAGACUUUCACUGGAUUUCAACAACAGGAAGGUUGUGUCUGACGUCACACAGAAGUCAUCAGUCAACGAGCUGCUGACAAACCUCAUCCAGGGGAAUCUGCUUCCCUCGGCUCUGGUCUGGAUAACUUCCAGACCUGCAGCGGCCAAUCAGAUCCCUCCUUCAUGUGUUGACAGGGUAACAGAAGUACGAGGCUUCACUGACCCACAGAAGGAGGAGUACUUCAGGAGGAGAUCCAGUGAUGAAGAGCUGUCCAACAGAACCCUCUCACACAUCAAGACCUCCAGGAGCCUCCACAUCAUGUGUGGAGUCCCAGUCUUCUGCUGGAUCACUGCUACAGUUCUGGAGCACAUGUUGACUACAGAGCAGAGAGGAGAGCUGCCCAAGACCCUGACUGACCUGUACUCACACUUCCUGCUGGUUCAGACAAAGAGGAAGAAGAACAAGUACCAUGAGGGACAUGAGACGAGUCCACAGGAGCUGACGGAGGCUGACAGGGAAGUUCUUCUGAAGCUGGGGAGGCUGGCGUUUGAACAUCUGGAGAAAGGAAACAUCAUGUUCUACCAAGAAGACCUGGAGCAGUGUGGUCUUGAUGUGACAGAGGCCUUGGUGUACUCAGGAGUUUGUACAGAGAUCUUCAAAAGAGAGAGUGUGAUCUUCCAGAAAACAGUCUACUGCUUUGUUCAUCUGAGCGUUCAGGAGUUUCUGGCUGCAGUCUACAUCUUCCACUGUUUCACCAACAGGAACACACAGGUACUGGAGAGGUUCCUGGGAGAAGACUGGAACAACAGGGACUCAAAGCCAGAGUCUUUUAUCGAGAAGAUUUCUAAGUCUUUUGGGAAAGACAGCAGCAGUGACUCAUCACUCAAUGUCUUCCUGAGGAGAGUCAUGGAGAAAUCCCUUCAAAGUAAAAAUGGUCACCUGGACCUGUUUGUUCGCUUCCUUCAUGGCCUCUCUCUGGAGUCCAACCAGAGACUCUUAGGAGGUCUGCUGGGUCAGACAGAGAACAGUCCAGAAAUCAUCCAGAGAGUCAUCAACAACCUGAAGGGGAUGAACAGUGAUAAAAUCUCUCCUGACAGAAGCAUCAACAUCUUCCACUGUCUGAUGGAGAUGAACGACCACUCAGUUCAUCAGGAGAUCCAAGAGUUCCUGAAGUCAGAGAACAGAUCAGAGAAGGAACUCUCUGAGAUCCAGUGCUCAGCUCUGGCCUACAUGCUGCAGAUGUCAGAGGAGGUUCUGGAUGAGUUGGACCUGAGGAAGUACAACACAUCAGAGGAGGGACGAUGGAGACUGAUCCCAGCUGUGAGGAACUGCAGGAAGGCUCAACUUUAUGACUGUGGACUCUCAGAGACUCACUGGGAAGUUGUGGCCUCAGCUCUGAAGUCCAACCCCUCCCAUCUGAGAGAACUGGACCUGAGUGGAAACAAGCUGCAGGAUUUAGGAGUGAAGCUGCUGUCUGCUGGACUGGAGAGUCCAAACUGUAAACUGGAGACUCUGAGGUUGUAUGACUGCAGUUUGUCAGAGAUCAGCUGUUCUUCUCUGGUCUCAGCUCUGAAGUCCAACCCCUCCCAUCUGAGAGAUCUGGACCUGAGAGGAAACAACCUGCAGGAUUCAGGAGUGAAGGAUCUGUGUGGUUUUCUGCAGAGUCCAGACUGUAGACUGGAGACUCUGAGGUUGUGGAACUGCAGUUUGUCAGAGAUCAGCUGUUCUUCUCUGGUCUCAGCUCUGAAGUCCAACCCCUCCCAUCUGAGAGAACUGGACCUGGGUAACAACAACCUGCAGGAUUCAGGAGUGAAGGAGCUGUGUGGUUUUCUGCAGAGUCCAGACUGUAGACUGGAGACUCUGAGGUUGUGGAACUGCAGUUUGUCAGAGAUCAGCUGUUCUUCUCUGGUCUCAGCUCUGAAGUCCAACCCCUCCCAUCUGAGAGACCUGGACCUGAGUAACAACAACCUGCAGGAUUCAGGAGUGAAGGAGCUGUGUGGUUUUCUGCAGAGUCCAGACUGUGGACUGGAGACUCUGAGGUUGUGGUCCUGCAGGUUGUCAGAGAUCAGCUGUUCUUCUCUGGUCUCAGCUCUGAAGUCCAACCCUUCCCAUCUGAGACAUCUGGACCUGGGUAACAACAACCUGCAGGAUUCAGACCUGAAGCCUCUCCAUGAUCUUGUGAAGGACCCAGACUGUAGACUGGAGACUCUGAGGUGGAGGUUGUGGUGAGGAUGAGCUGUGUCCUGAUGAUCCAGAUGUUGAAGCAGCAGCAGCAGCAGCAGCUUGUGUGUAGAGAGGCUCUGACUGGACCAUGUUACUGGGAGGUAGAGUGGAGAGGAGAGCUUCAUCCAGCAGUGACUGACAGAGGAAUCAGAAGAAGCAGUCUGAACUGAUCUGAGAACAGCUCCACUGUCAGACACAGAGUCCAGUCCACCAUCAUCCCUGUGUGUUCCUCUGGAUCUGACAGAGGAUCAUCAGUGGAUCUGGACUUAAAGUUCAGAACGUUGCUCUCAACAGUUUCCAGGCUGAGCUUCACACUGGAACUCUGGAGGACGUUCAUCUCUCCAGCAGAGCUCAGAGACUUGGAGAAUCAAUGUGACAGAGCAGUGAAGAUGUUCUGGAGGUUUGUGGUGGAACAACAUCUCACUAAGACUCUUCAUGUUGUUAUUGUUGUCUGUACAUUUCUGGUGUUUUGGACUGAAGCACAGCUGUAGUCACCACUGAGGUCUCGAGGUGUUGGAAAAAACAUUUAUAAGAUGACGGAUGAUCUCAGUUACACCUGAGGUAACUAAUCUGUUUACAUUAGUCCACUAUGGUUUUCAAUUAGAAGAAUACAGACAGAUGUUAACUAUAUUCCUUUAACUUAAACCUCUGGCAACUUAAACAUAAAAUAUUCAUUUGCUUUUGGUUUAAGAAAUUAGCAGCGUGCAAAAGUUCAACAAUAAACUACGACAACGCUUUUGCCGUUGAUAUAUUUGAAAUGCUCUUGGGGGCCCUCUGGUGGUCACUAUGGCCCUAAGCAGGCACAAGGUUCAACCCUAGUUUGGGGUUCAACGUCAAAUGUUUAACUUCACCCACUAACCCAAACAAGUCAAUCAAUCAGAACACUGUUUAACCCCAAUUCAACAGUUAAACCAAUUACAGUUCAUCCUCAGGGGAAUGUGAAUGUGUGAACCAGAAUUCAUCACAGUCCAUCCAACAGUUGUUGGGACAUUUCAGUCAAAACAGAAAUUGAAAAAGUCAGAGGAUCAGAAAGAGAAAAGUCGUCAGGACUCGUGAUUGCUGACAGCUUGUGGCAGAUGAAAUAAUAACCUCUCACCUCUGUUCAUGUGGCUGCAGUGAGUUGAUUCCCUCAGUGUCUGAGUUCAGACUGGUUCACAGACAGUGGGAGACAAUGUGUUUUACACAGAACAAGAUGUAGUUGGUGUUGUUUGUGUCAGAACAGAAAUCAGGAACAUAACAAGAACUUCUGUUUCCUCCUCAGACCUGCAGGGUGUGAGGUUUGGAUCCACCAGCAGGGGGCAGCAACCUGUCCAACAUCCACACACUGUAAAUGUGUGAAGUGGCUGCAGUGUGUGAGCGACUUUAACACAACCAAAGCAGCAUUAAAGGAUCAGUGUUGAGUGAGUUUGCAGCUGUUCAGUCCUCCAUGAUGUGAUGACAGAGCCUGUUGAUUUCACUCUGAGCUGAAACCACAAUCAGACUUUCUACAAAGUUGAGUUGAUUUUUUUUGCUGAGUCAGAACUGCAGGUUUAGAAAUGAGGUUAUGCAACAGUCUGGAGUUAUAUAACAAACAGAGUCAGACUGCAGAGAGGGCUAAACACUUAUUAAAGGCUGAAUACCAAUAAAUAUUGAUCUUCUUUAGACGUCA